UCGCGGUUGGUUCUGGGGCACACUCUCUCACGUAAAACACUGCUUGUGUCCGAUCUAAGGGAUAUUUACAAAUUUUCUUUGCAUUUUAUGGAUUUAGUAGAUCAUGGCUACGUGGCAAGGCCCUGGGUUUGAUGUGGAAGAGCCUAAAUGUCGCAUAGAAGGCUGGAUAAAUGUCUGGGAUGCAGACCCAACGUUAAGCGCGACACUCUUCAAUGACGGCAAGCGGCCUGUUGCAAUCUGGGAGCCUCACUUUUGUGUGAUUUGGCAGGAUGACAACUCAUUUACUCAAUAUCGGACAGAAAAGGAGGCAGAUCAGUAUCGCUCCUCAACGAACCUCAACCACAUUCGUCUUGAUGGCGGGAAACAGGAAUUUGACCAGCGGUGGGGCUAUGAGCCCCUGGAGAGUAUCAAGGAGCAGAUGCUGAAUUACUCGCCGAUGCUACAGUCUAUGGUCCAGUACUCACCAAUGGUUAUACCCCGGCUUAAUGAGGUAAUGGGCCCCAUCUGUCAAAGUGCAGGUCCCCAAUUAUCUCUGAUGAGCUGCCGACAUGAACAUAAGUGGAUGCUGGCUUUGUCAGAUGUCACAGCCUACCGGGAUCAAUUCAUUGGUCUUCCCAUUUUACUUUUUUGCUGCAUUGUGCUUCCUACCAUUUCACCAGAAUAA